AUGAGAGGAUUGGUAGACAACAAAGAAAAGGAACUACAUCGUAAUGUCCGAAAAGAUCAAUUUAGUGUGCUGCUUUUAUCAGCCACUUAUCUCAAAUUACCUACUUCCAUACAACUGUCGAGCAAGUAUGUCAAGGAUUAUUGCUUAAAUAAUUUUACUAAAAUGGCUGACCUCAAAGACGAAAAGGACCCAUCAAAACCAAGACAUCCUAAUCUUUUUAAACGAAAAUUAUUAAUCUUUGUUGAUAAGCCAGAAAAGGAUGAAAACGGUGUCCCGAUUGUCUGGAAGAAGCCAAAGAAGGGAGAAACUGGGAAAAAAUUUGACAAAAUAGAUGUGGAAUUAUUAGAAAAAGAUACGAAAGUCAUAAUUGCUAAUAAUGCUUUACGACCCUAUAUCACUGAUAUCAUUAAGACUUUGGAGCCUCCAUUAAUUUUUGUUCUUUCCAGUGCUUAUGAGAUGGGAUUUAGUUUUGGCGAU